AGCAGUGUCUAAAAGAUAUUGCGAUUCAAGUAGAAUAGCUUUGUAAAAUCCUGUCUUCUGCCAGAAAAAAGAAUUAUGGAUUCGCAAAAAAUAAUCAAGAAACCCUAUCAAAGAGACUUGUGGCAAUUAUUUCUAUGACUCCAAGGUACAUCUGCUAUCAUAUAUGCAAUUUCUUUCCUCGGAAUAUAUAUUCCGCUAACAGAUUUUUUUACCCAGCAUCGUUUUAUUUUCUUGCAUGAGAGAAAUUAGAAAAAGGAAUAAAAUAUCUGCAAUUUGCAUUUCAACUUAUUGAUGAAGUUUAAAACAACAGAAUGAUGGAACAUUUUUAAACAUGAACGCAGCCAAAAUACCAUUUAGAGCAAUGCAAUAUUUUGGUAUAUGGCGACCAAAAACUUGGACAUCGCCAUGGGCCAUUGGACUUUACAAGCUCUACAGUUUUUUAAUAAUUGUCCUCCUGACUACAUUUGCAGCAACAUUUUUAAUUUACAUUUUACGAGGUGCUGAAAAUCUUGACGCACUGACGGAAAAUUUGAUUAUGUUUUGUGGAUUAUGUUCCGUUAGCGUGAAAAUUGCAAACAUUUUUUUGCAACGCGAUGAAAUUAUUUCUUUCGAUAAUAUGUUUUUGGAAAACUGUUGCAUCCCUCGAAGUCUUCAUGAAUGUGCUCUUCAAAAGGAAUUCGAGCACAGAGAUAGAACAUAUUCAAUUUUUCUACUGACAAUAUGUUUUGUUGGUGUCACAAUUAUCACAUUGAGUCCACUGGCUAAAACAACCGACAUUUCUCUGCCUUGCGAUAAAAUUUGGAUGCCAUAUAACAUCGAGUCGAAUUUUUUAUUUUCGGUUACAUACAUUUAUCAGAGUAUCUCCCUUUUUAUUCUGGGCUUUCUAACUGUCUCCUUUGAUAGCUUUAUCUCGAUUAUGAUGCAAAAGAUUUGUACACAAUUGCAAAUUUUUGAGCAUCGAUUAUACGUGUUACCAACCAUCCUGAAGAAAAAUCACGAAAGAGCUUGUGACAGUGAAUGGGUAUUUCAAAUUAUUGCAGACGUCGUUAUUCAUCACAUUCAUGUCUACUCAAUUGGGAGAAAGCUAAACGACAUUUUUAGCUUAAUGGUCUUUGCCCAGUUUUUUGUGACUACCUUAGCUUUGUGUGCUAUUAUCUUCCAAUUGGCGACAUUAAGCAUGGUUUCUCUGAAAUUUUGGUACAUGGUAGGAUGUUUGAAUAACUACAUGAUUGAAAUAUUUUUGUAUUGUUGGUACGGUGAACAAAUGAUACAGCAGAGUGCAGGUAUUGUAGAGGCAGUAUAUGAAAUGAAUUGGAAUUUGUUGCCUCUUGGUUCUCAAAAAUGCUUAGUUUUAAUAAUGAUGCGAGCUAAUAAGCCAAUAGAAUUAAUAGGAGCUUCUAUGGUCACAAUGUCUGUAGAAACCCUCGUAAAGAUUUUAAAAACAUCUUAUUCAGCCUUCAGUGUACUUAAAAAUGUAUCAGGGAAUCCUUAGGAAAUAUGUACACAAAAGAAAAAGUUGAUUAGAAGGACAUCAUGAAACCAAAAAAAAAAAUCUCCUUGACAACGAAUGUGGAAAGUUUAUAUUUUGUAGAUGUGUGAAAUUGAUGUUUCACAACAACUGGCUUUUCGCGUUAGCAGAAAUAACUUCACUACUAACAUUAUUCAAUAGUUUAUUUAAAAAAACUAAAUAUUUAUGUAAUUUAUCUGAAUUUGUCUUAUUAUAUAAUUUUUUUAGUUAUGGUUUUUUCAGUGACUUCAAUAGAAAACAGUUAUCUUAUAUUACCUUUUUUUCGUAAAAAAACAGAUUUGAUAUGGUUCAGUUUUUGACAUUAAUCAUCCUACAAUGUUUCAAAUUUAUUGACCCUUUUGAACAUAAGAGACUUAGGGGCUGUUGCUGUGUGUUUUUCUUUUCAUUUAUGUGUUACUAGAACAGGUGAGGUUUAAGGGGCUUUGUCAACAUCCAUUUCUAGGAGAUGUACCCAAAAAAAUGAAAAUUUGAGAAACUCACCGAAAUUUAUUUCUUGGAAAAUUUUUUGCAUCAUGAAAAUAACACAACAAUUUUCUUAACAACAAAAGUUAUUCCAUUCCAUUUCUCAUUAAAUUUUUGUUAUAUUAUGUGCAACAAAAGUAACGAAAAAUCGAAAUAUUGUUGAAACCUACCAGUUAAGUUUUUUGUUAAUUUUUUUACAUGUUGUGUAGCAGAAAUUCUUAGAGAAAUCGAAAAGUGUGAAUUUUUUCUUAGAGAAGGUGGUGUGAUUUUUAAAAGUUUCAAAACAAAAUUACAAUUUAGAAAUUUUUAUGAAUUUUAAAAUUUUUUCUAACAGUUAAUUACGCUUUAUGUAAAAGAAAAAAUGAAAGGAAUCAAAGGAGGAAACUUUCGUUGCUUGGAAAAGUAUCAUGUUAUUUUAAUCUUGCUAAAAAAAUUAACAAAGGAAUUUUGCUGCAUUUUUCGAGUUAUCAGUUUUUUUUGUUACUUUAGUUACAAAUGAAGGGGGUGACUUUUAUUGUAGAUAAAGUGUUGUAUUCUUUUAAAAAUACUUUUAAAAACUUUAGCGAAGAAAUUUUGGUGGGAUUUGCGAGUUUCCAGUUUUUUUGGUUACUUUUAUUGAAGAAAUUUAACAAAAUUUCAAAUAGAUAUGAAAAAGGGUGACUUUUUUUAUCAGAAAAUGUAUUUUGUUAUUUAAAUGUGGGUAACGAAUUUUCAAGAAAGAAGUGUUACUUGGUUUUAUAAAUGUUUAGUUACUUUGUUAGAUUUGUUACCAGUUAGGUAACAUAAAUUCUUAUAGGAAUGGAAAAGGGUAGCUUUUAUUGUUAAAUAACGUGAUUUGUUAUUUUAUUAUUGUCAACAAGUUUUCACUUAGGAAAUUUUGAUGUGCUUUUGUAUUUUUCAGUUUUUUUGUUCAUUUUGUUACACUUUACGUAACAG